AUGGCCCUCCUGUCUAGCGCUCUCAACAUCUUUGGCGCUGUGCUCUUGGCACAUGCGUACGUUAUACCACUCGUCGUCGGCUCCGUCAUUUGUCGCAAAACUGACUCUGUCUACAGUGUCUACAGUGCCCAUGAACACUCAACCCUAGCCACCAUUGCCGGCAGUCUUCCUGUCUCACCAGUCCACUCAUACAUCAUUCCGACAAUCGACCUGCCGCUCGACAUUACCUUGGAGACACUGACAGCUGUCCUACUGCUCUGCGUUGGCAUUGUGAUAGGCAGUCCGGAAUUGAAGCCCAUCCAAUGGCGCGUAUGGGCUGGCAAGCUGGAGAAGGACAAGACCGCAAAGAAUGAGAGCAUCAACGGUGACCCACUAGGUCCUAGGGGAAAUCCCUACGCAGCUUUGGAGCAAAGACAGGGCUUUCUCGACAUCAGGAGUCAGCGCAAGGAGUUUGCCGAUUGGGUCAAGAGUGGCAGCAGUAAGAAGUGA